AUGUGCAAUCGUAAAACAGUGAAAGUUUUCCCGGCUCCAACUGCUAAGGCUAAAAAAGUCAAAAAUCCUGCUGCUUAUUAUCAGUGCCUUAUGACCGAAAGCCAGCGAGGAUUAGCGGGCCGUCCGAUAACCCAAGUUUGUCGUAAUUGUAAAUUGAAUAGUGUAAGUUUAGCCCAUAAUCGUAACCAACAAAUAAGUAAUCUAUUGAAUGCUUAUCGGCAAAUUGGCGAGGCUUUGAGAAAGUUUGCGGGAUUAUGUAAAAAUGCCGUUGGAAACCAAGGCACGGGAAUUACAGGAGCAAUUAACGAAAAA